AUGGGCUUCAAAGUUUCCCUUACAAAGAUGCAAACCUUGCCCUGUCAUGGAGAGCCCAUUACCUAUAGCGGACCACACUACGACGGAGCGAAAGAAGCAAAGGAAUUCGACGAGACCAAAGACGGAGUCAAAGGCCUUGUAGACUCGGGCGUGACCAAGGUCCCCAGGCUCUUCAUACACCCACCCCAGAAUCUGCGCGACUUGUCCCCCGACACUGAUGGGGCUGCCGCCGGCCUCGAGAUGAUCAACCACGGAAUCCCGGACGAUGUGAUGGAUGGCAUGCUGGAAGCUGUCAAGCAGUUCCACGAGCAGCCUGAGGGCGUGAAGAGAGAGUGGUACUCAGGAGAUGAUGCAAAGAAAUUUAGGUACCACAGCAAUGGAGACUUGUUUAGGUCCAAAGCAGCAACUUGGAAGGACACCGUGUAUUUUGAUUUCUCGCACUAUCUUGGUGACAUUGGAUGGAUGGAAUCCAAGAGAAUAGCAGGCCAUUACUACCCAACUUGCCCUGAGCCAGAGCUGACUAUAGGCACAAUCAAUCACUCAGAUGCCUCAUUUCUCACUCUUCUCCUCCAAAAUCACCAUGGUGGCCUCCAAGUCCGCCACCAAAACCAGUGGAUUGAUGUGUACCCAGUGCCUGGAGCAAUCCUAGCCAACAUCGGAGACUCCAUGCAGCUUGUUAGCAACGACAAGUUCAAGAGCGUAGAGCACCGGGUCCUUUGCCAGGGGGGCCGGCCCCUGGGUGUCAGUCGCAUGCUUCCUCGUACCAGGAGAGACGCAGAAGUCGAAGCCGUAUGGGCCAAUAAAGGAGUUUCUCGAUGA